AUGACGGAAGCCCCUUGUGCUACUCCACUGAUCUGUAGCUUUGGAAGGCCGGUGGACCUGGAGAAGGAUGACUACCAGAAGGUUAUAUGCAACAACGAGCAUUGUCCGUACAGCACCUGGAUGCACCUUCAGUGCUUCUACGAGUGGGAAAGCAGCAUUCUCGUCCAGUUCAAUUGCAUUGGCAGAGCCAGGAGCUGGAACGAAAAGCAGUGUCGCCAAAACAUGUGGACAAAGAAGGGAUAUGACCUGGCUUUUCGCUUUUGCUCCUGUCGGUGUGGGCAGGGUCAUUUAAAGAAGGACACUGACUGGUACCAGGUGAAGCGAAUGCAGGAUGAUAAGAAGAAAAAAUCAGUGUUAGAGAAGAGCACGGGAAGGUCCACGGCAGAGUCAGCAGAGGAGGCCAAAAAGGGCAGGCCGGCCAACAAGCCGCAGAAAGGCUUGAGUCAUGACCUCCAGCGAAGGCACUCGAUGGACAGGCAGAACUCCCAGGAGAAGGGCGUCAUGGGCGGCAGCUACGCAGUUCGUUCGCCUUGUGUCUCUCCCGGCCAGUCCCCACCCACCGGCUACUCUAUUCUUGCCCCCACGCAUUUCAGUGGCCCUCGUUCCUCGCGAUACUUAGGAGAGUUUUUGAAGAACGCCAUUCACCUGGAGCCCCAUAAGAAGAACAUGGCUGGUGGGGGCAUGUUCAGGAACGCGCAUUUUGAUUACGGGGCAGCUGGUUUGCAAGCACAUAGAUCAGGACACUUCGAUGCCCCUGUGCAGUUUCUGAGAAGGCUCGAUCUGUCCGAGCUGCUGACUCAUAUCCCCAGGCAUAAAUUGAAUACUUUCCAUGUGCGGAUGGAAGACGAUGCCCAGGUGGGCCAAGGGGAGGACCUUCGGAAGUUUAUCCUUGCUGCUCUUAGUGCCAGCCACAGGAACGUUGUAAACUGUGCGCUAUGCCACAGGGCGCUGCCAGUGUUUGAACAGUUUCCGCUGGUGGACGGGACCCUGUUCCUUAGCCCAUCGAGACACGAUGAGAUUGAAUAUGAUGUUCCCUGUCACCUUCAAGGAAGGCUUAUGCACCUCUAUGCUGUUUGCGUAGACUGCUUAGAAGGGGUUCACAAAAUUAUCUGCAUUAAGUGCAAGUCCCGAUGGGAUGGAAGCUGGCAUCAGCUGGGAACUAUGUAUACCUACGAUAUUCUGGCAGCAUCUCCCUGUUGUCAGGCUCGACUGAACUGGCUGAGGCUUUGCUGCCUGCUGCGGACUGGUGUGACUGGUGUGGAAGGAGGACCGUGAAGUGGGAUCUGGGCCGUCAGACCUGUAAGAGCUGAGAGGUACUGAGUACAAAACAUGGCGUUGCUUUUUAAAACAACUAAUUGCUGCACCUUUGUCUUUCCAAAUUGCGUUGUCCAGGAUCUAAAAACUUGGAGACUUUUUAAGAAAGCAAACCUAGCGUAUUUACUUUCUACAUGCCUCUGUGCUGUACAUAAUAGACUAUGCAUUAGGCAGUGAACUUGUAUCAGAGGGCUUGGCCCUGUAGACUCUGCAGUUGUUGUUUCUUGGUUCCCAUUUCUCCCUUCCUUAAAAAAUUUUUUUAAAAUAGGUGAUUAAUCUUUUGCUUGGUUUCUCAAGCCAAUUGAGAUCUAGGGGAGGGGCUUUUUUUGCUUUUCUCCAUAGUGUAUUUAUGGAGUGUUUGUCCACUCGAGAGGUGUGGGGUUUGUUUCUGUUUAUGAGGUGGGAUUAUUUUUAGUUUCUUCUGAAGUUGUUUGGUUUUCCCAGAUUAGAAUCUUUUUAAAGAGUGUAUCUGUUGAAAUCAUGAUCUCGAAAAUGGCCCUGAUACUCUGCCACCCUGGGAAAGAAAACAAAGAAGUCGGAAGCCAAAAAAAUGUUUCAUAUGCUGGACUGAGAAUUAUGCUUUCUGCUAACUUAAGAAAUUAAUGUGCACAUAUAAAACUCAAACUGAAUAUCCAUGUUUCUUUGUGCAUAAAAAUGCCAAGUUCACAGUUUUAUUUCCUGGCUGUCUUCACUGCAGAAUUAGCUCCUUUUAGCAUUAGCCACUCUUCUAGUAAUACUCGAGCUGCACAGAGGGCUUAUGCUGGCACAGAUCACUUCCUGCUAACUUGAGUGGUAAUGUCCGUAGAAGCCAGCCAGCUCACGUUAAUGGUUUUCACAUCCAGACUGUCUAUCUCGUACAGUUACACUGGUGAUCCGCUGCUGGUCUGAACAACCAUGUUAGCAGGCUGCGGUAGCCUUCAUCACCGGCGCUCCCCUCCUUCUGUCCUCGCUCCUGUGUUUGGUUUUGGGUCUGGAGCACAUCCUUGGGGUUUUGUACAGUUUUUCCCUGUUUGUGCCAGUUUUGGGAAAACCUGUUUUCUUUUUAAGGAGAAUUAUGGGAAGGACUUUGGGGUACUUCUAACACUGUUCUGGUGUGGCUACCACAAACCAAGUAACACCGAGCCCAGUUGCAGCGGGACCAGCACUGUAACCAUUGUCCAUAGGAGCAGGAGCUGGUCCAGGCAUACCUGCGCUGGAAGAAGGUGUCUAGCAGAUAAAACCUGGUUAGCUGUGCAGUGUAGACGGAGAACAAUCAAGUUAUAAUCUGAAUUAACUCCUCAGGGAGGAUGGGCCCUUCAGCUUUGAUGGUAUGUUGAGCAACCUGAUGGAGUUAGGGUGGCUAACAAGGUUUCGAGUUGCUUUGCCUGGCAGAACCAGACCAGAUGGACAACGGCUAGACUGUUCCAGCGGCCUGAAAUCACACAGCAAAGACAAAGCUCCUGUAAUGAGAAAAAUUAAAGGAUACAUCUGUAACUGUAGUGUUUGGUCUUGAGUGCUAGUCACUCAUGCCAUGAGUCUAGGGUAUUGAUUCCCACAUAGGCUACCUGGUGUUGUGUACCCACUUCUCCAUGCAUUCGACGAGGGGAAGUGUCACUGUACAAUGCACGUGGUAGAGGAGAAGUGGGAUCUGGAGUCCUUCCAAAUACUUGUUCAUUUGCUUUCCUUAGAGUAACUUAAUUUAUAAUUCUGUCCUUUAAGUACUUCGAUGCCUCUCCAGACAUGUAUGUAUGACAAUCGAGAAUGAGUAGACAUGGAGAAAGGGAAUUUGGCCAGCUUUAAAAACACAAGCCUAUGAAAGGUUGUACAGUAUAUUCAAGUGAAAACCAAGAAUGCAGCAGACUGAGAAAAUGGGAAGGGGAAAGCGUAUUUGAAGUCUUAACGGUGACAAGGAGUUACGUACAAAUCUAUCCAAGAAAACAAUUUAGUUCUCCAUCAGCUUUUCCUUUUCAUUCUGCCGCUAAGUGAGUCUUAUCUACUGCUUGAGGAAAUGCCUAUUUUCUUGCAAAACACAUCUCUCAACUGGAGGCUUGCAGCACAUGUAGCACUGUAAAAAUGAUCCUCGAUGGAAACCAGCUGAGCUACGGAAAGAUUCCUCUGAACUUUCACUCCAAAGUAAAUUGUCCCUAACUUGUAGAGAAUGCUUUCCUUGCUUCUUGCUGGUACUGAAAACUGGUCUUGGGUUACUGCAAAAUGCAGUAUUUUUUGUAAUAUGCAUGAUUCCAGUCAAGCAGUCAGGCCCACCCUUUGGCCAUGAGAGUUUCAGCUGGGCUUUGCAUAAGUACAAAGGCAGAGGUAACUUCUUUGGGACCUAAUGGCUACUUCAGAGGUUAAACUAGACUGCAGUUGGUUUGCUGUCCAUCUUGACGAGCACUGGAAGUGGCCAUGAGCUUUUAAAUGUGUCAAAAGGGAAAAGAUUUCCCUAGCUAGGGAGCUGCUUGCUUUGCUUGUUUGGCUAAAGUUUACUCUUCGUUACCUUUCAUUUUUCUGAUGCUGUGUGUUCUUUUAAAUCUGGCCUGUGGUCAGAUUAAAUUGUGCCUGAAAUAUGUUUCAUAAACGAGAAUACAGUCCUCUGGAUUUGGAGAUUCAUUCUACUCUUAAGUGCACGAUACUCCUUGUGAUAGUAAUAGGAGUUGCAUGUGCAAAUGCUUUUCUUUCCAGUAGUUAACUCUGUUUUCCAUACGAGAGGCUUGCAUUUAGAUAGACUUCAUAUUUUGGAUGUGUAAAAAUGAAUUCAUCCAUCAGUAGGAUGUUUAAAAUUAAAUUUUGAUAACUGUAACUAACACAAUGGACAUCUUUUACAUGCUGAUGUAUAAUUUGACAUUACCAAGGUGAUGAGCCUGAAAUUCUUGUUAAAACUACGGUGUUCUAUAGCCAGCCCAUACACUAUCCUGUAGUCUAUUUGCAUUAACAUCUCCGGUAGUGAGCAGUGUAUUCAUAACGAGUUUAGUUGGGAAGAUAGGGAAUAUUCCUACAAAGGAGGCAUCUAACCCAAUUUCUUUCUUUUUUCUUUUUUUUUUUCCCCCAUGUACUCUUCAUUUUGCUGUACGAGGUAACCGAGGACAAACAUGUUGUUUUAAGGCCACUGGUGAGAAAACCCCUCAAAAGUAUACUUGUCCAUAAAGGUUUCUUGUUGAGACAUUCUUGGAUUGCACUUUUGCAGAUGGAAGAAUAUGUACAUAGCAAAUGAAUGUUGAUGAAAUUAAAAUAAUUGGUUAUGAUAUCAUUUGCGUGUGUUGUUAGAGAAUAUUUUGUUGUGACUUCUCUGUAUUAAAAAGUAAUAAAUACCAGACAGCU